AUGGAUUUUGUGACUGGACUACCGCCCACAACGAAUAACCUGAACAUGAUUCUAGUUGUGGUGGACCGUUUUUCUAAACGUGCCCAUUUCAUUGCAACAAGAAAAACCCUCGACACAUCUCAUUUGAUAGACCUGUUAUUCCGCUAUGUGUUUUCGUAUCAUGGGUUCCCGAGAACUAUCACCAGUGAUAGAGAUAUCCGCAUCACUGCAGGCAAAUAUCAGGAAUUCACGAGACGGCUGGGGAUUAAAUCGACAAUGUCGACCCCGAAUCACCCCCAGACGGAUGGUCAAACUGAAAGGACCAUCCAGACACUGAAUAGAAUGCUCAGAGCAUACGAUUCAACAGAUAUCGAAAAUUGGCAUAAAUAUCUGCCGCAAAUUGAGUUUGUCUACAACUCAACUGCAAAUAGAACUUUAGGUGCAUCACCGUUUGAAAUAGACUUAGGAUACGCUCCUAACGAACCGGUGCUCAAGACAGAUGAGGAGCUUAAUGCAAGAGACUUUUCAGCCGUCGAAAUGUCUCGACGUUUGAAAGCUAUUACAUUACAAGCGAAGGAACGCUUGGAAGCUGCUCAGGUAGAAAUGGAAGUUAAUAACAACAAAGGACGGAAACCGCUGAUCCUGGAAAGAGGAGAUGACGUUCUCGUCCACAGAGAUGAGUACUUCCCAUUUACGUUGGUCCCUUCUACGUCGUCAAAAAAAUCCAUGACAACGCUUAUGAAAUCAGACUAG